CAUCGAAUCUGCGAGUGGCUGGGAUGAAACUAGAUAACUUGGGAAGAGCAUACGAGCAGUUACAAUCCCAAGCUUCCUCUUUCCUUUUGUUCUCUCUCCAGUGGAAGGAUUUGCAGGAACAUUUUGAUUCCCUCAGUAAAACGAUUGGAGAUCGCUUGGAAAGUCUUAAUGUCCGUGAAAAAGAGGUUGAGUUGAAGGAGAAUGAGUUGAGUGUGAUCCAGAAGUGCUUGGAUGAGUGCUCCCAACUGGUUCACGAGAAAGAGGAAAGAUUGCAUCUUGUCCAGAAGUCUUUAGAUGAAUGUAACGAGCAAGUUGACUCACAAGGCAAGAAACUGGAAGAAAUCAAUAGCUUGAGUCAACAAGCUUCCAACGAUUUGGAAUUGAAGAAGAAACAUCUUGCUUCUCUCGAUGGCUUGAUUCAAGAUCAUAUUGAAGAGCUUGAAAAGAAGGAAAAGGACUGGAAGGCAAUACGGAAAUCAAUCGCCGAAUCCUCUGGUCAACUUGAGGCGAGAGUGAAAGAACUUGACUCAAUUGAAAAAUCAUUAGGUGAGUACACGAUAAAAGUAAAAGCAAAAGAGAAGAGAUUGCUCUUGAUGGAGAAAGAUAUUGAAGAGCGAUCCAAAGAGCUUGAGAAGAAGGAAAAAGACCUUAGCCAUGUUCAACGACAAUGGAGAUUAUGUUGCCAAGAUAUUGAAUUGAAAGAGAGAGAAUACCGUGCCAUUGAAAGAAGUAUUGAAGGACGUAGCAAGGAGUUGCACGUAGGGGGAGAAGAGCUGAAAUCUAUCCAGAAAUUGAUAAACGACCGUGAGAAGCAGCUGCAGUCGAAAGAGGAAGAGUCUAAUAGGGAUCUCAAAAUGAUCACAGAUUUGAUCAUUGAACGUGAAGAAGUGCUGAGGUCAAUACAGAGGAACAUUGGAGAAUGUAACAGGGAUCUUGGAAAAAAGGAAGAACAACUUAUUACAUUGAAAGGACAUAUCAGUUUAAAAGAUGCUGAAUUUCAGGCAUUUUUGAAGAAAUAUAAAAACGAUUAUGAAAAGAGGGAGGGGGAACUCAAGUCUAUCCAAAAGAAAAUUACUCGAUGUGAUGAGGAGCUCAAUACAAAGGAGAAAGCACUUGAUUCAAUACAGAAGUCAAUUUCUGAACUUGCUAGGGAACUAGAAUCAAAAGGGAAAGACUAUGAUGACCUUGUAGCAAAAGAGGAAGAACUCAAGUCUUUGCAGAACAGAAUUGAUCAUCAGGUUGAAGAGCUGGAAAAAAACAAGAAAGAUUUAGAUUUCAUCAAACAUAAGACAAAGGAAGGGUUCAUGGAACUUGAAAUAAAACAGAAACAAUGUGAAGAACGAGUGAAGAACCUUGAGUCAAAAGAGAAUCAAUUUGAUGGACGAGUGAAGAAGCUAGAGUUGAAAGAGAAACAGUUUGAAGAACGAGUGAAGGAGUUUGAGUCCAAAGAAAAGCAAGUUGAAUUAUUAAGAAAAUUAUUUGAAGACGAAAAAGCGUUGAUAGAGAAGGGCAAUAUCUUCCAGCCACGUGUAAAGACAGAGGAACUGGAUUUUGUAAAUACCACUAGUUUAAAGAAUAGCAGGAGUUUGCAAGCGCUCUUUAACGAUCUCUUGAAAAAUUAUGAGUUGGUGUGCCGUGAAGUAUCAAAUUCUCUCCAAGCAUCAGUGGACCCUGCUAAAUUGGUGCUAGAUUCAAUGCAGGGUUUUUAUCCUUCAAAUUCGAGCCAAGAGGACAUUGCGUAUGAUGCAAAUAUUAUAAGGAGGAGCUGUAUUCUUUUGCUAGACGAAUUGAAGAAAUCUUCACCGGUAAUUAGUUCUCAUGUGAAAGAAGAAUCAAUGAAGUUGGCAAUUGAGUGGAAGGAGAAUUUGUCUGUAAGUAAUAAGGAUUGUUUGGAGGUCCUGGGGUUUCUGAAGCUUGUGGCUACAUAUGAACUAGGCUCAUCCUUUGAUGCAACUGAACUUCAUACACUUCUAGAUAUUAUUUCCCAGCAUUGUCAGACUUCUGAAUUACGACAAUCCCUAGGUAUUUUCAAGAUGGUACCUGAUAAUCAGCUUGGUGCUACCCGAGGUGGAAGAAAUUUGCAUUUGACUGUAAAUCAACAAGCAAAUGCAAACGGGUUGAUGGGGAGUGACAUUUUAGUUGAUCCCCAAACAUUGGAUCCAGCAAAACUUGUUUUAAAUAUGAUAGGGAACCCUAUUGUUCCUCAAAGUACAAAGGAAGAGAAAAGUGCUAUCACUGCUGGAAGCCACACAUUUUUGCUAAAGUGGCUUAUGAGAAUCUCGCCAGAUAUUGAACCGCGAGUAAGAGAAGAAGCAAGGAAGCUAGCACAUGAGUUGAAGGCUGAGAUGAGAGAAGGUACCGAAAAUUCUCUGGAGGUUCUGGGAUUUCUACUGCUUUUGUCCAUUUAUGGCUUAGCAUCUUCAUUUGAUGAAGAUGAAAUUUUAAAGCUCUUAGAGAUUGUUGCUCACCACGAAGAAGCUGUACAGCUGUUCCAGACACUUGGUUUUGCCACUAAAGCUUCCGAUUUUGUUUUUAAUCUUAUCAAGAAGCAGAAGCCUGCCGAAGCUGUUAGAUUUAUAUGGGCAUAUGAGUUGGCUGACAAGAUCCCACCUGUUGAUCUCUUGAGAGAAUAUGUGCAGAAUGCAAAAAUGGUUUCCAAGAGACGUUGCAAGAAAAGCUCAUUUCAAACCAAGGAUAAGGCUAGAGAUGAAGAAUUAGCUUGUCUGCAAUCUGUCCUAAAGUGCAUUUCGGACAACAAUCUUGAAUGUCAGAAUCUGGUUAAGGAGAUUCAUAACCGCAUUGCUGAGCUGAGAAGGCUGAAAGAAAACACGUUUGGUACUACACCAGGGCCUUCUUCUAAAGUUGAAGUGCGACAGCCGGGACAAAAGAAACGUAUUAAUGAGGGAUCUACCAAGAAACAUCAAGUACAACCUUGCAAUAAUAACAACAACAAACGUCCUCGAACUGCUAUAAGACCCCCUGUAGCACCGGUAUCCACUCCUAUAUAUCAUCAACCUAUGUUCUGGCUCCACCGUGAAGGAGUAAUCUUACCUGGCGGAAUGCCUGCACUUGCUGGUCCGCCCACUAACAACUCUGGUGUUGGUACUCCUAUGGGUGCAGGACAGUAUGGAAAUCGCGGAAGAAACUAGUCGUGUCACUCCUAGCUAUACCCCUUCUAGGUGAUCCAGAUAUGGACGUUGUAAAUUAAUGCCAUGCUAUACGGUCACGACAAGGUUCGGACUUGGAACUCAGCUCCUUGACUUUUAAGUCAAGUCUUGAAUUUGCGUUGCUGCCGUUAUUAGUUAUGUCUUUUGAUUACAAUGGAGAACGUUGAUGUUCUCCUGACUUCUACUAUGCGCCUGAACCCGCAAGGAGCAGGGCAAGAAUGCCUCGUGUGGCCAUAUCAAUUGUCCUGUGAGUAAAUGGUAGUUGAUUUUCUAAUCAUUCGUCUUAAAAGGUCGUAGUUUUUGUCAGCUGUGUUGCAAAAUUAACUGGUAGUUGACGUUGACAAGGUUUUACUAAUACUGAUGACUCUUGAAGAUGUAUUCCAUUUCCACAAGA